CGGCGGAGGUCAGGGCCCACGGUGAGCCCGGGAAGGCCGCGGAGGAGCGGGACGGGGCCGGAUGGUGGCGGCGGGUGAGGCAGGCCUGGGACAUCCGGGUACCCGAGAGCCUGGGGCCUGGUGUGGCGGGAGCAGACGCUGAGGGGGGGCGGAGGGAGGGUCCAGGGUCUAUGGGGACUGAGUGAUGGACCCUGAGGGAAACAGACGGGACCCGUCGGAGGGUCACAAGGGCUGUGAAGCCCCCCCGGGGGAUAGGGACUUGCCCUCACGUGGGAGUAUGGGUGCUCAGACUUCCAUAUCUGGGUCUCCCGAGACACUGGGGGCCCCUGGCGUCAGGAGCAGGGCCUAGGAUAUGUGGGCAGAGGGGAGGGCCCCGGGUGCUGCUGGGAAUCCCGGUGAGGAUGUGGAAGAUGCCCAGGGGACCCUGCACCCCAGCCCAGAGUCGGUCCCGGGAAGGUCGUGGGUGCGGUUGGGAACACGUGGUGAGGCCCCCCUCCGCAUCCGGGCUCUCAGAGACCAGGGGGCUGGUGUUCAGAGCAGGGCCUCCCUGAGGGGGCAGAGGGUGGGCCCAGGUCCUGCUGGGUUCCUGGCGAGGAUGUCCAUGGAGGACGAGGGACCCUGCACCCCAGUCCACAGUCAGUCCUGGGAGGCAGGCCGAGUGGAGCCAGGCAGAGGCCCAGGCACCCAGGGAGCCCCGCCAGCAGGGGGGGAAGAAGGGCCCAGGGAGCCUGUCUCCCGCCCCCGAGCUCAGCCCCCUCUGUGAGCCCUGGGAAACCCCCGGGCUGGGUUGCGGUCUUGAUGUUAAGACGGUCACUACCUGUCUCCGUUGGGGUCCGGGCAGAGGGGAGGGCCUGGGUGUGAGCGGCCCAGCCUCCGGACGGCUGCGCGAGGGGCCCGAGGUCUCCUAGGGCUGGAGGAAGGACCCCCGAGGGACUGAGACCCCGAGGGAGUCGGUCCCCAGGGAGCCCCGAGCACCACCGCCCUGCCCCUGCUUCAGCCUCGGGAGGCUGCAGGGGGUGGACAAGUCCUGAACUUCAUGGCCGUUGGUGCGAUGGGGCCUCCCACACUGUGGCCAUUGGGCUGGAGCACUACCUCCAGGGUGUGGGCGGCGGUGGAGUCGGGUGGGGUGAGGGGCAAUGGCCCACGUGUGGCUGGCGGCCAAAGCCAGUACCACAGGGGCACUGAAGCCCUAGGGACACAGACUAGACUGGGUCCUGGGAGCCCCCGGGCCCGAUGACCACCUUGGGCUGUCCUGGCUUGCCAGCCAAGUCUCUCGGAAGGAGCUGGGUAGGAGCCCGCCCACAGCCAACCUGGGGCCUAAAGGGAUUGAAGGGACUUCAAGAACUGGCAGCGGAGGCCUCGGUCUGAGGCGGGCGUCCCUCGGGACACAGAGCUGAGGAGGCACGGGCCAGAGCCACUUGUCCAGGUUCAGCCCGAAUCUGACACCAUGCCCCUGAGGAAUAGCAGCGAGCUUUGGAAGCAGGGAGACCUAGAGGAGGCCCAGGGCCUGGUGGAUGCUCAGCUGUCUGGGGCUGAGGAGGAGGAAGAAGGGGAGGAGGAGGCUCCACCUCCCCCCUCUCCCCCAUCUCCCCCGGACCCCCUAUCUCAUCUCUUUCUGUCCUCCUCCUCCUCCUCCUCCUCCUCCUCCUCCUUCUCCUCCUCCUCCUCCUCCUCUUCCCCUUCCUUGUCCUUCUGUGGCAUGGUCUGUGGCGCCCCAGAGGAAGGGUGUGCUGCUGCCGGGGCCCUGAGUGCUCCCCAGAGCUCUCAGAGUGCCGACCCCUCCCCCAGUGGUGGGGCAGCUGGUGGCCUUGGCCAGCCCGAGCCUCCUGGCCCCAGCGGCCCAGGGGAGGCGGGAGAUGAGGAGCUCUUGGUGGAGGGCAGUUUCCGCAUGAAGACGGCUGCCCUGGUGGUAUUCCUGCUCCUCAAGUAUCGCACCAAGGAGCCCAUCAGCAAGGCAGAGAUGCUGGAGGUCUUCUCCCCAGAAUACCAGGACGACUUCCCCGCCAUCUUGAGCCAAGCGUCCAUCUGCUUGAGGCUGGUCUUUGGCCUAGAUGUGAUUGAAGUGGAUCCCAGCGAGCACUCCUACGUCCUCAACCCCAUCCUGGGCCUCACCUGGGAUGGGAUGCUGAGCGAUCAGUGGGGUAUCCCCAAGACCAGCCUCCUGGGGCUGAUCCUGGGGUUUAUCCUACUUCAGGAUGGAUGUGUCCUUGAGGAGGAGGUGUGGGAGACUCUGGGGUUCACGGCAGUGUACGAUGGCCAAGAGAACACCAUCUAUGGGGAGCCCGUGGAUCGCCUCACCAAUGUCUGGGUGCAGGAAGGCUACCUGGAGCGCCGGCAGGUGGCGGGCAGUGACCCUGCCCGCAAUGAGUUCCUGUGGGGGCCCAGGGCCUACGAGGAAACCAGCAAGGUGCAGGUCAUGGACUUUCUGCUCCAGAUCGGUAGCAACAACCUGGGGUCCUCCCUGGUCCUGUGAGAAAAGAUUCUGAGAUAAGGAAAAGGGGCCACAGCCCCAGGGGCAGCCAGUCCCUUUUCAAGCUUUUGUGGUUCCGGCAUGAAGGGAGGCCUUAGGGUGCUUCCUCCCGGUGUUGUCUCGUUGGAUUUGUAAAGAGAAAGUCCUGGGCGUUCUCAGGGGUUAAGGGCCAGGGCAUUUUGGGGGAAAGCAGGGCCAAGAGCCUCUCUGGGGGCCUGGGCUCUACAAUGACCCCGACAUCCAGAGCUUGGUUUCUUUGAGGAAGCUCUCCCUGUUUGUUCCUUGGGAUAGAAGGUUCCCGCAGCCCAGUGCGUGAGUGACACACACCGCUUCGCGUUCGUACUUCCCCGGUUCAAUAUAUUUUUAAAUAUUUAUUAUUUAUUUAUUUAUUUAUUUAUUUAUUUAUUUAUUUAUUUGUUUAUUUGUUUAUUUAUUUGUUUGUGAGAAUACACAGAGUGCAGAGAGAGAGAGAGGCAGAGACACAGGCAGAGGGAGAAGCAGGCAGAGGGAGAAGCAGAGAGCCUGACAUGGGGCUUGAUCCCGGGUCUCCAGGAUCAUGCCCAGGGCUGAAGUUGGCACUAAACCGCUGAGCUACCCUGACAGCCCCCCAGUUCAAGAGUUAAGAGUUUUGUCUGCCCUGGAUACAAGUUGGGAGACCCUCUCUCCUUGUUUGGGUUCUGGAUGAAAACACAGGGCAAUGGCGUUGGAAUCUGUUGGAAAGGCCAAGAGUGGAGCAGGCAAGUGCUGGAGGGUGGAAAUAGGAAAAUAAACCUUGUUCACUUUUGCUUCUUA